AUGAAGGAACCUGCACCGAUGACAGAAGACAUGUUACAAGCUCAUGCAGAUAUUCUUACACGACUAGGAACGAGUGAAGAAGGGGCGAGAAUUCGAGCUCAAAUGCAGAGCGCUUCCCUUAUGUCUGAUAUGCAAGCUUUCAAGGCAGCGAACCCCGGAUGUUUUUUGGAGGAUUUCGUUCGCUGGUAUUCGCCUAACGACUGGCUUCGAGGGGAGGAGACUGAAGAUGAGAAGAAGUUCAGCAUGGAAUUACAAAAUAUAGGAAAAGAAAUUUUAUACCAGAAGGAAGGUUUUGACGAGGAAGAUGGGAAAUUUACAGAAAACUACUUUCACGAUUCGUCAAAGAAUUUCCGUGAAAAUGGUCGAUUGAGUUUGCGCAUGCGUGUUCCCGGAAAUAUUUGGCAGGAAAACUGGAACAAUGCACGCGGAUGCCCCGUACGACGGCAGAAGAGGUUGUUUGACGAAACCAAGGAAGCUGAAAAGGUACUUCACUAUUUGUCUGGAUUACGGCCAGCGGAAGUUGCUACCCAGCUUCUUUCCUCUCUUUUUCAAGCUUCCAUUAGGCGCAUCUCUAAUGCAGGAGACACCGAAGACUGCUCUCUCAUUGAUCAUCUCAUAAAAACAGCAAGUCGAGUAUUCGACAAUUCGGAUGACCAAAUCCAACUAUAUAAGGAAUUAUUUAAGGAUCUCCAGAACAUAGAAUUAAGGAUUGCCAGGAGAAAAUCCUUGCAAUCAAAACUCCAUGCAUCUGAUCUCAGUGAGACCGAGAAUAAGGCUUUUGUUACGUCACUGUUGGAUAAUCCGGAAGUUAAAGUAAUUGGUGCCAGUCGCGGUGCUAUAGGUCACGUGAUCACAAGACUUUUCACUGAACAACAGAAUUUACGCGCCGCAGAACAAGAUUACGAUAACCACGAACUUGUUAAGAAACCUGCUGUGGACGAGUUGCACCCUUUCCCUCCUCCAGCCGGACGCGAAUUUAUAUUCAGAACGAAUGCUAAUCAUCCCAGCAAAAACUCCAGAUCAUGUCCUCAACGUAUGUAUUCCGUUCUUGCUGGCGACGAAUUUCGUCUGGCUGCGGCAAUAACCUCUGAUAGUGUAUUCACGUAA